AUGAGCAUCGCCGCCUUAUUGCAAGCCGCCGAGUACCUGGAAAGGCGCGAAAGAGGCAAGUUUUCGACUCCGCCGCCGCCGCCACCGCCGCCGUCGGCAGCCCCGGACACGGCCGCCGCGGCUACAGCCGUCGCCACUUACGCGGCGGCCAACACCAAUCGCGCCAACACCGUCAUCAGCGCGGCCGAUCGCGUGAACACCGUGGUGUUUUUCGCCGAAGCGGAACACGGGUACGCGUCGCCGAUGCCGAUCACGAUCGAUCUCAAGGGGAAGAGGCAGAAGACGAAGAAGUCGCAGGGCAAUCGGUACGUUACCCGUAUAUCGCUUUCUGUCGUUUGUGGCAUCCGUUAUCAUAAUCCGCGCGUCUUUUGCGGUAUCCACGGCGAAGACGUCGUGCCACUCGCCGCGUUUCGGUGACACAAAGCUUACCGGGGGCCGGGCAAUAACGAUUUACUUACAACAGCGGAAACGAGCCGAUCUCGCAUUUCCCCCGCGGUUCGGGUUACGACGAUCGACGUCAUCGGCGUAUCGUUUUUAAUAACAAUCAGUCGUUAGUCACACGAGGGUGCCGUGUAAUAGACGCGGGCCCCAGAACCGUUUCGAAUAAACCCGCGCUGAACGCAUUGGCCGUCGCCACAUAGGCGCUAUGCACACAUUUAAUAUGCGCGCGGAGGAGCCGUUGUUAUGUAUUAGUUAGUUAGUUAGUCAGUCGCGUAUAAUGACAACAACAAUACUACAGUGUUGUAUUUUCGGGCUAAAAAAGUCGCGAUAUGACCUUUUAAAUGUCAAGGUUAAUAGAGCUCGCGCCUCGGUGACAACGCAGCCGCCGUCGCUCCCCCUCCCCCCUCCGCUCCGUCCGAUCGGCGGCGGAACAAUCGCGUAUCGCGCGCGCGGGCACCAGUUCCCGCCGAACGCGUUGUUUUCCGCCGAAGCUCACCGGUAGUCGUCAAUAUACGUACAAUACAAAUGCAAUAAAUAUUAUAUUAUCGAUUUCACAUCGGUUUGCCGUGUAUGCACGGACAACGACCAAUGAUAUAAUCGCAGGCGGCCGUUAUUGCUGGCCGCGCACGGUCAGCGUUGCAGGCGCGUCGCCCAAACAGCGAAAACGCGUUCGCCGGCCGGCCGUAGGGUUGACUACGCGGAAACGGAGCCGGACAAUCGACUUUCGGCUAUCAUGUAGUUGACGGCCGUUAUCUAUUUCUAAUUUACGCCGCGUGGACGCUUGGCUGUUAAUGGCGGGCAACGCGUCUAUUAUUGUACCCCGAACUGUGUGUGUGUGUGUGUGUGUGUGUCAGAGAGAGAGAGAGAGAGAGUGAGCGAGCGAGAAAGAGAGAGGAAGAGACAGUGAUAGAUAGCACGACAAAGAUAACACGGCUGUUGGAGAGAGAUAACGCGAAAUAACACCGAUCAAUACGCUGAUGCAGAAAUGUCCCGUCGUCUAUUUCUCUAUUAUCUGUAUGAUCCGAACACGUGCCAAUCCGCCGAGUGCCAAUAACAGCCGACAAGUCCCGUACGCUAUAUGACGCGUGUGUACCGCACUCCACUGUUUCCGAUAAUUUUAAUGUUUCGUCCUGAUCGGCGACGACGAACCAGGGUCGAGACGAGGAGGAUACAUCUCCGUGUCCGUCCCGACCUUAUGCCGUUCAACGUGUUUAUAACAAUAAUGCGUUUUGUAUAGCUUGUAUCUAAGUAAAUAUGAAUUGUACUCGCAUUGUAGCGAAAAAAAAAUUGCGCCUAAAUAGUAAUAAAUGUUAAAAAAAUCAGCCUCGUCCAAGACAAAAUCGUUUGACUAUCAUCAGUCCUAAUCUAUAGAGAUUGGGUUUUAAUAUCAUUUCGAAAUUACGAUUAGGCCAGUGAUUAGAGGUAUAGGCACCUAUUAUAAAUUAAACUGUAUUCUUCUGUUUUUUCCUUAUCGUCUUCUCUGAUUUCUAAGCUUCUUUACAUCACCCCAUCUCACGCCCAUUCCGCCCACCACCGUCUAUAUCCACUGCAGCUUUUUCUUCGCGGUUCGAACCUCUGCCUAGUAAUUUCACAGCCCCCCUUUUUUUUUAUCGAGUAGGUACAUCGCUAUAGACACAAAACUAUAUGGUUCUCUGGCGGUAUCCUAUUUCAAGUUUUAAAAAAAACAGGCGAUGCACGUGCGAUAAUUGCAAUAAUAUAUAUUAGGUUGGUAGGCAAGUAGAAGAAACAUAAGUAUUUAUGCGAAAAACACACGUUUUGUUUACACACAAUAUACAUACAGUAUAUAUAAACAAAAAAAAAAAAAAAUAAAAAAUACACAGAGAUUUACAGUAAAUACUAAAUAUAAGUACUGUAGUUUUUCUCUAAAAUCGUAUAAAGUAAUUAUACUACGACUGCUUAUUUACUCUGGUGUACUUACAUAUUUAGGGACAUCUGACUUUUAUCUGUGUGUCUUUUUUAAUACAACGUUCUAACGUUCAUUAUGAACUUGAAAAAUAAUUUUUACAAAGUGCAAACCGAGGUGCAAACUUAUGUACAACUUUUCACUUCUGUGUAGAAACCUUUUCUAUACCGGUACCCGUCUACAUUUGCAUAAUUUUGUUUAACUUUCGGUUUAAUUAUUUUAACGGACGAAACUAUUAUAAUUUCGAUUUUCUUUUUUUGCAGUCCGUUUUAUAGAAUAUACAUAGAUAUCAGGCAAUUACCUAUUGACUUACUCGUACGCAAAAGUAUUUUUUUAAUUUUUUUAAAUGAAAAAAUGGCAAAUGCGAAUAUCCGCGGGCCUGUAUCUAUAUCAUUUUCAGGAUCAUUUUUUUUUUUAAUACUCGUGUUUGCAUUUCUCACUCUACUACCCCUUCCCGUCCGUUCUGGGCGUUUUUUUCGUAUAAUUACGAAAGCCUAUAUGUAUAAGGACCUAUACCUACUAUUUCUGCUCCUCCGUCCUGUCCCCGAAGCGGGUUUUUUUUUUUAUUUUUUUUUUUAUAGUCGCCUACUUACACAAGACAAAGGCUUCCGGGAAGGAAAUUGCCAUCACAUGUACGCUCGCUACGGUGUUUACACGUUGCCGAUACGGACUGAGGGUUUAUUCAAUGUUUUUUUUUUUCAACCCCUUAGGGCGAAGGGUGAAAUAAUUUAUCGGUUUCUUUUUUAUUCUAUAUAGGUAUAUGUCUGCCUACUUAUAUAAUACCGCUAUAUAUAUACACACAAACAUCUUAUACCUAUACACGUAUAUAAUAAUAAAAUGUCAUUUGAAAACGUAUUCAUAAAAGCUUUUCUUCGUAUAAUACUACACGUAUAUAUUUAUUAUAUAUAGGUGUAUGUGUGUGUAUAUAUCUCGGUAGUUUUUUUUUUAAAUUUUAUUUUUAAUUACAAACGAAGGGAAAAAAGUUUCAUAAACUAUUAAAAUAAUUGAAGUUUUUACAAGAAACUUUUUUUUUUUUUACUCUGCAUAUUUACACAAUACGACGGAGUAUAACGACAAAGCAAUACCAGUUUAAUCAUUUGAUUUUUUUAUUUUUUUUAUUUUUAUUAUGUCUGGUUAAAAAAAAAAAAAUAACAAAAACAAAACCCGACAAAUUACAUUAAUUUGUCGUAUGCAAACAAAAUCGUAUACGGGUAAAUUAAUAAACAGAUUAAGUAUCGAAUCGAGGCUGUUUUGUAAAGUCUAGUUGAAUUUCAUUUCGCAAAAUACAUUUAAAGUACUGCACUUGGUUGCGUUCGGUCUCAUGAUUGUGUUUUUGAAUUUUGUGCGAUCUGCCGAUUGUAAUGUUAACCGGUUUUUAUUGAAGUACUGCAUUGACACAGGUAUUAUGGAAUAUACUGUUACAUAAAUUCGAUUGAAAGCGAUUCGGGUUUUCGUAUAUUUACAACCAACGAACCGGAGUAAAAUAAACGUACGUCCACUCGUCCAAUUUCUGUUAUGAAAAACCGAUUUGACUUGGUGUAUAAUAAUAUGUGUAUUUCGUAGAGUAGAAAAAUAUUUUCAUUUUAUUUUUUAUGACACUUAAGUACGAGUUUAUUUCAAGAAAAAAAAGGUAAACUUUUCGCGUACUUUCACUAAAACUAAUUGUAUACAAAACUAAACAAAUGUUUCCUGCGAAAUAUAGAUAGAAAAAAUACCUAUAUGUUUUCGAAAUUACAAUCGGACGAGCGGUAGCGGGGUGAAUUUUAUUCCAGCUCAUUGGCCCAAAACGCCGUAAAAACCACUUACCGCCCCUGUAAAUAGUAAAAUCAUACUCUACUUCGGCGAAAAUAAUUAUUGUCUAUCCUCGGUUUUUUUUUUUUUUUUAGUGAACUAUAUUAAUUAUUUAUUAAUCUCCAUUUUCGUAUUUGAAUAUUUUAUAUACGAUUAAAAAGAUAAGUAAAUUUAAAUAUUAUUAUACUGAAGAAAUAUCCGUGGAAAUGUCAUGCAAUUUGUUCCAUACAUUUUUACUGAAAAUCAGUUUUUUUUUUUUAUCGAAUUGAAUAAUAAGUCGAAUACUAUAUACAAUACAAAAAUAAAAUAUAUUCUACUAAAUACUAAUGUAUAUUUAUUUUGUAUUUCUGCGUCACUAUAUACAUAUCAUAUCAGAUUUCUAUCGUAUUUCUAUUGGAACACAUCUGACACAAUCUAAAAUCUUACCUUUACCUGUAUGAAUAAUGUAAAAUAAUUUGUUUACUCAAAAAAAUAAUAUGCUUCAAUUCAAACGUCUAUAAUAUGGUAAACAAUAGGUAUCUCAUUCUGUAUUCAUUUAUUUAUAAGCAUAUAUCUAUAUUCUAUAAUAUGCAUGCAUCAUGAAUGAAUACAAAUUUCUAAAAUCAUUAGGUACAGAAUAAUAUCGUCAAUACCUAUCAUAACUUGCGUAGGAUAAGUCUAUUAAGAAAGAAAAAAAGAUACUGUUCCACCUACGAAAAAUAUGCUUUUUUUUUUUUUUUUUAUUAAAAGUAAAUUCGGUUAUUUUCAUUAUAGCGCUUGUAUGUAUACAAUGGUAUACGUUACAACAUUUAUAGUUGAUGUUGUUGUUAAUGGUGAAUACAUGUGUCUCGGGCUCGUAUUAAGGUUUCCGUAUCUCUAUACGAAUAAUAAAAAGUAUAUUUCUGUGGAAACCUUUUAGACCAGUUUUUCAAUUACGAUUAUCGCAAUCGUCACCUGUCGGUUUUUCAGAAAGAAAAAAAAAACCCGUAGGAAAGUAGUUUUGUAUAUAUUUUAUAUAGGUAUCGCACGAAAGACUCGAAUGCAUUUGAUUUCAACAGGACCGCGCCGUUUUCCCCAAGCAUGUAUCCUAAGUCUUAUUACCGGCGAUAAUAACAGUUACUCCGCAAUCGGGCUAAUAAAAUCUUUACUUGACGCGGGUCCGUAAAUUUUCAAUGUCCCGAGUUCGAGUUUCUGUUCCGGGUCGGCCGAUAUUGUAUAAGAGAACGGUCCGACGACACGGCAGAACGAUCAGUUUAUUGUUGUCUAAACAAGACCGCGGACGUUUUUAAAUUCUAACGAUGAUAUAUCUAUGUCGAUGUUAUUGUGCACUCGUCGAAAUAUUUGGUUAACGCGAAUAAUAUUGCGGGGAUUCGCGCGGUACGGAAAAAUAAAAAAAAAAAUUUUUACUCAUUUAUAAUGAUGUUUCGGAUAAAAUUAUCAGGCCCUUUUUUUUUUUUUUAAUAUUACGAGUCACGACCCGAGCUUACCUGUAUAUAGGUAUUUGAGUCGGUAUAUUUGUAUAUAUUUCAAAUUGUAUGCGUAUACUAAUUUACCACAUAACACACAUCAGUGAUGUAUUGUAGGUAAACGAAGUGUCGAACAUUCAAAUUUAAAAAGAAGUGUUCUACUAUAGCGUGUUACGAUUAUACACAUCGGUUCAUGUGUAUAUGUCUGAUUACUUAUUGGAAAAAAUAGAAUGUAAGCCUAAUGAUUUAAAUAUUUUCGUUACGUAAAUGUCGAUAAUAUUUUUUUUACAUUUUUCACUGGAUUUUUCCUAGUUGUGCAGGUUGAAAAAGUUAGGUCGAUUCGGAAUAAAUUAUAAUUCGGUAGCUUAUUAGCUAAUUAGCUCUAAUACAGAGCGGCAUCCAAUUGUACUUUAACGGCCGUUUCUUGAACAAAUUAAAUUGCGCCGUGAAUUAGAAGAGAUAAAUAUUGUUGUCAGCUUUAGUAUUAGAUCCUGUACCAGGAAUUGAUGUGCAGGCUUUUCGGCUCACGGGGUCCAAGAGCGCACAGAAGAUUCGAUCAGUUUUUGACAUUAUAGAUGAGACCCUUGAUGAGACAUUUAGGUACUAUAAAAUGUCAUAAUAAAGCUGAAACUGCAGGAUCUCGUGCCUUGUCGUCACUCUUAUAAUGAAAUGUAUUUUUUCGGUGUGGUUAAAAUAUAAAACGUAAAUAUCGAACUUGAAAAAUACCCGAAACAUUAAUUUGUCUUAUGUUAUUCUAACAGUCAAUGUUAUAAUUGAAUCUUCAAUUGUAUUUGAACACCUACACAUAGAUUUUAGAAUUUUCGAGCCUGCAAUAGUUAUCCGAGAGGUUAUUACAAUGUUGCGCGUAGUAUUUCUGUCGACAUUGCUGCAAAUUAAACUAACUAUUGAUGAUGAUUUUAAAGACUUCAAAAUUCUGUAUAUGUAGUUUUUGAAAUAAAAUUGUAGACAAAUUUUUAGAUAGGUAUAAACAAAUUGAGCUCACAUUUGUUGUGAAAAUAAACGUUAUAUUUAUUUAUCUAUUCUUACUCUAAUUCAUACUUCGGAGUUUUAAUUUCAAAUUUUUCAAACCGAUUUUCUUAUAGACAGAAUCUUUUUUAGAAUAAUACGAUAAUUUAUUAUGGGUAUCGAUUAUACCGUUCCUUUCAAAUUUAUAAUACUUAAAGGUAGCAUUUCUCAACCAUAGGGCCACGACUCAAUUCCGGAUCGCGGAUAAUAAUUUUGAAUGGGUUGCUAAAAAAUUAAAACAUUAAUAUAAUAUUUUCAUUUCAGACUAAGUGUAUAAAAUAGUUUUAAAUGUGUUAUAAUUAACGAAAUAUUUUUAUUUUUUUUUUGACAAACAAGUAUAAAUUCAUAAUUUUGUACUAUGGUCUUUCAGUGCUGCGAAUAUACUUUAUCGGUCGAUAUUCUCGGAAACGAUUAAAUUUGAUAAAUUGUUGAGUUGUAUUUGUUUUAGUAUUAAUUACCGAUAUUUUGAACUUCACAAUUACUCGUUUAGUCGUGUAUAUUAGGUACUUUAAAAACAAAUGGAAGGUAACGCUACUAACACUUUACUUUAGUUAUGACAAUUGAAUGAUUAAGUGAAUUGGGUAGGGUGGGUAAACCCCAAUGUGAAUCAAUUUCAAAAAGGUCGCAUGAAAAAUUGGGUAAAUAUCUUGGGUUGCCAAUAUACACAAAGUUUGAGAACCGCUACUUAAGAGGAUGCCAUGCGCAGGGACAACCUAAUCCAUUAUUAAUAUUGAAGUGAAUUGACCUACUAUCAAAUUUAUAGAUAAGAACAUUAUCUGUGUCGUGUCGUCGUUGUUUUCGUUAUUUCAAUAUUUAAAUAAAAUAAAAUUGGAAUAUUUCACACGUUCAUAUCUCGUUUGUAAAUUAGAAUUACGAAAAAAAUAAAAACGACAAUACGAUACGGAUUAUGGCCUUAUCUCCAAGUUACAGGUCGAUUCACUCCAACUGACAACAUAGAGUUUUUCGCGUUGAACGAAAAUUUGUACGGUUGAAAGCGACGGAGACAAGUACAUGUGCAUGGAUCAUAUUCUUCUUUUCGUCUUCAAUCGUUUGAUUGGUUUGCAGCAGUUGUCCAUGCAUCCUAUUUAUAAAUUAAAUUUUUUAACUCUUUAUAGCUGUUCUUACUCCUUGCCCAUAUCUAUGAUGAUUUAUUUCAUAUAUUCCAUCCUUGGUGUUUCGAUGUGGUCUUCUUAUAUACGUAUCCUUCUAUAACUUUUUUAGUUAGACUAUCGUGACGUAUACGCAAAUGUCCUACUAUUUUGUCCCUAAAACUUGAGUUAUGGCGUCCAAAAGCAAAUUAUUAUAAAUUUACUAUAUUUCACAAACGACGAUUGUAUACACAUGUAAAAUAAAUAAAUAAAAAGACGAUUUCAUUAUGUUAUUGUGCCCCGGAGCGAAAUGUUUUCGUAAUAAUGUAAUAUUUAUAGUCCAUUAAAAAUUAAAAUCCACUAAAUCGUGUGCAAUUGAAUUAGAGUCGCAUCUCUAUGUGUACACACUCGUAUUACAUUAGAAAACAUUUGGUUAUAUUAUUUGUUGAUGUUUUACACUUUAAAUAACCAUACAUUAUAUAUAACAUACACACACGAGUACAUGUAUGGCCCAGAUAUUGAGUUUGUAAUUUUGACAUGUUGGCUUCGUGUCAAAUUAUAUAUACAUGUAUGAAGUUUUCAUUGCGAAAUCUUUUACGAAAAUUAACGGGUAAACAUUACGUAACUGUAUAUUAUAAAUAUUUUAUAUGAAAAUUGCAAUUUAACGCACGGUAAUAAUAAUAAUAAUAAUAAUUGUUCUUUUUGUUUGGUUACAGGACGACUCAUAACGAGCUGGAAAAAAACAGGUAAGAACUAUUGACAUUUUCGAUUACUCUUUAUAAUAAUAAUAAUACACGUACCUAAGUACACCUACAUUACGAGCAACGGUCAAACGAAUUUAAAUUAGACUCUUAAGUCGGCCAUACGGUCGUAUACUAUUAAUUGCUCAUUUCAAGGGGCAAAGGGCCAAAUAGUCUCUCGGUUGUUAUGAUGAUCGUCAUACUGUCUUCUUUUUUUUUUUUCUCUCUGUUUGCCUAUCUCUUUCGGUUUUUCUCCCGAUCAUCAUUGUUAUUUUUGGCUUAAACCACCUCCGGUAUAUUUAAUACGCGACGCUUUAUCAAAAACCGAUUUAAGCGGAGCGAAAUACGAACAUAUUAUUAUUCGGAAGUUCUCGUACAAUAUGCGUGUAAAUAAAUUUUAAGAACAUUGUAUCGGUUAAAUAGAAAUAUCCAAUUAAUAUUGCACAGGGCAGAGAAAAUACGCACAAAAAACAAUAAUGUCUUUACGGAUGAAUCCGCGAGUACACAAUACGAAUUUUCAUCAAGUUUCCAUUUAUAUACCCAUGUUUGAAUUUUAUUGAAAAUAUUAUGCGUUUUACAGUUACUUUUGUUUUCGAAUACUGUUAUAAUACUUUUGUUACGUAUUAAAUUGUAAUAAUAAUAUGAAAUAUGAUAGGUGUAGAUUAAAAAAAUAUAUAUAUAUAUGAUAUGUUAAUUAAACACAAACAAUAAAUCAGUUGAUAUACAUUUAAAUAAUGAUAAUAUUCUAAUUUCCGAUAAGAAGCUGGCAAAUGUACGUUUAUGGUCACGCGGCAAAAAAAAAAAAAAAAAACAAAAAUAAUAACAAUAAUGAAGGAAACGACUUUCGCUACAAUAACGAUCACUAUUACUGGGCACGAAAAAGAAAAGAGGUAUAAUCAAACGGGGUCAUCGGUCUUAGAAUAUUACGGCGAUGAUAAACCCCGUGGUGAUUAUAAAAGUAUUGAGAUUUUCGCAUUGUUCGAUCCGCUGCAGCCUUUCAUAAACAACAAACAACGAGUAUGAUAUUAUUUUGUCGCGUACUACUUUUACGAUUCUAAAUUUGGUCGGACACACUAAUAAUAUAUUACAAUAACAAAAUACGUAUUGUUUUCUGACGACUACUUUUAAUAACGAUAUAAAUAAAAUAUGACAGACGCGUUAGAUGGUGCUGCACUCGUACGCAGUAUAAUUUAUUAAUUCAAUCGAUAUCGACGAUAUUUAUGCAUCGAUAAAUAUUAUUAUGUUAAUAAAAUAUAUAACACAGUCAAUAAUUUUUACUGACGAUUAUAAAAAAAUUGUGCACACGUGUACGGUCGAUAUGGAUUUCAGUUAGGUUGUUAAUAUAUUAGUUUGAAUACGAUCAGCUGCUUUAAUAAUGUAAUAAAAUUAUAUUUUAGCGUCGUCCGAUAAUAUGUAUUUAUCACAAAAUAAACAUAUUUUGUGCUUAUCUCGCAUAGAUAUUUUAUACAUCUGUGUUUAAGCCAGUAUAUAUUUGCAUAAUAUUAGAUUCCGAGCGAAUAGAAAUAUUAUGUAUUUGUGGGUUUAUAAUGCAAUGUGUAUGUGUUUUUGUUUUGUGUUUUUCAAUACAUUUUUUUUAAAAAAUCGGCAAUUUUCUGUACAAGGGAAAAAAUACGAGACUUUACUAUUAUAAUAAUACUUUGUUUGGAAUAUUUUUUGAUUAGCAAUGGCUAUCGUUGCGUAUAGAUACAAAUUAAAUUAUUCUAUAUAUUAUUACUUCCCUUUCAACGUCCCUUGUAUAACAGUGGCAUAUACCCGUAGGCAGUAUCAGCAUCGUUUUAAAAAGAAUAAUCAUAAUUCAAUUCACAUCUUUGAUUACCUACCUAGGUAUACAUAAUAUUAUUAUAAUAAAAAUACAUUUAGUUUUAAUCGAGGUUUUAAUUAUUCCACUGGCAACUGUACCUAAUUUCGUUAAAACCCGUUUAAACUUUAUUACUAAAUUUGAAAAAAUACCUAGGUAAAUAAACGCCUACGUACCUAUUAUAAUAAAAUAUUACUAAUUUACAAUCAUAAUUUCUUUGAUUCUUAAUUUUUUUACAAAUGUUUUUUUUUGAAAUGAUUUUCGGGCCGUAAAUGUAUAUUUAUGUAUUUAUACGAUGCGUCCGUCUCUAUACAUUAUAAAGACAGAAACACGUUUGCUUAAUGUUAAUCCAAACAUUACAAGAUGGCAGUUUAUUUUCAAACGUCCAUAUGGCCAAACCUUUCUCCCACUUGUCCGCUAUAAAUUUAUUAGUAUGUUGAAAAAAUAACCGAGCCCUAUUUUUUAAAUUUUUUUUUCUUUAUUAUUAUUUCGUUAUUAGUUUUAUCUUUUAAAUAAUUAUUUGGAACUGCACCAGAAUGAAAAAUCGUGCGAUUCAUUAUAGCCAUCGUAUUUUUUUAUUUCGUUGGCAAAUUUAAAGUGAUUAUUAAUAAAUUAAGAUUGAUAGAUAUUAUAUUAUUUUUUUAUCACUUUGACAAAAUAUAAUAUAAUUGAUGAUGGUGUUGGUGAACAAAUAAAAUAAAAUAUUCUACGAAGAAUAAAUUACGUUUGGUUACUGAAUAUUUUUUACGAAUAUAUAGAUACGACUAUUUGGCAGAUUAUUAAUUUUAUAAAAUUACAGUAUUAUGAGAAAAGUAUAAAUUCAAAUAUAAAUAUAAUUUAUUUGUUUACAAAAAGUAUGUAUUUUUGUGUAGAGUCGUAAUUUAUUUAAAAAUUUACUUAUUUAAUUAUUUACUUACAAACACAACGGUAUAAGCAAUCUUAUAACCAGUGACGUAACCAGGACGGGGUUGGAGUAUUGUGAUUCCUCCCUCCCUAUUCCUUUUUUUUUAGCUAUUAGUAAAGGUUAAGUAGAAGGUUGUAGACCCUUAAGCCUUCAUAGACCCCUAAAAUCCACUUCCCCCAUUGUUAAAUCCUGGUUACGCCACUGCUUAUAAAUGUAAAGCUAUUCAAAAAUUAGUUUACUUAAGAUUAGUUACCUAGUAAAUUGGAUCCUACAGUUAUUUUUAAUUUAAUACUUAUAUACAGCACUGAAUUAUAUGCGACAACUUGUUAUUUUUUAUACUUAUGUCCAUAAACUGAUUAGAUAUUUGAUGAAUAUAGAUUUAACCAUUAGUUAAAAUAGUUUGUCCAGACAAAAAACAAAUAUUUACCCGAAUUUUGGUAGGCACCCAAAAUAUAAACAAUUAUAUUAAUAAUAUUUAUCCGACUUCCGGGUAUUUACUAAAGGCACAUCACUUAACUAUCAAUUAAUUAUAUGCGUUUUGAGUUCAUGUAGAUAAUAAUAUUUAUUUUUUUGUUUUUCACUUGUAGCGUAGUAUUAAAAUGAUUAUAUUUUCGUUACCGCUAUUUUGUAUUAUACAUAAAAAAAAAAAAAUUAAAAAUGAAUAUUAUGCACGAUAUCCAGGCGUGGUCGUUGAUCUUUUUUGACAGCUGCGCAAACAUUAAACGAACCAUUUUUAGAGUUUCGCUUGUCGGUGGUAGUAAAUUCCAAAAAUUCGAGAACAUCCCAUCUAUAUUCUUGUUGACGGUUUUAAUCGAGGUUUUAAUUUUAUAGCGUCCAUAAAAUGACCCGGUAUUAUUGUACAUUUUUAUAACCCUGAUCGAAUGGCUGUGUGCAGUAAUUAUGACGGUCGAGUGGCCCACGCGGGGAAAAAGGAUUGUCCAGAUAACGUUUUUAUUGUUAGAGAAAUCGAUUUUUCCCAUUUUUUUUUUCAUACACACACACACACACACACACACACACACACAGUUUAUCGUACAAAAAGUUUGGUCAAACUAACACCCUUCACAAAUAAAAAAUCGACCUAGAAUGGCCUUGUUGAUGGUUUUGUAGCGUUAUUCGGAUGCGUGUAUAACCGAUUGAAACUUGUAUUAUUAUGAUGUGGCCAACAACUAUAAUAAUAAUAAUAAUAAUAAUCGAUCGCGCUGCAGUCAAUGUAAAGUAAGAAAAAUAAUAUUUAUUUGUACGAUUGAAGGAAAACGAGUAUAUACUGAUUCGCCAUCAGUUCACUACACAGAAAUCAAAAUGUAUCGCAGGUACUAUUAUUAUUAUUAUUCCUUUAAAACGUGACCAUAGUCAACGGAGCUCGGCUGCCGUCUAUAUAAUAUUCUAUACUCUAUAUAAUAUGAUCACGUUUUAAAAGAAGAAGCUAUACAUUUUGAUUUUGGUCUGUAGUGACCAAAAAUGAUCGUAGAGAGACAGUAACCGCGUUCUGUUGACUAUUUGAAUUACAAUUUAUAAUGUAUCGAAUCUAAUGCAUACAAAACGAAACCGUAUUAAAAUUUGAAUUGAAAUGUGUGGACAUUUUUCAACUUUUUCGGGCAAAGUCAAAGACAAAAAUAUUAUUACUACAGCCAAAGGGUAACUCUCGACAGCCUAUAAAAAGAGAGAUGAUUUUUUUAGGCCGUUAUAAUUAUAUAUGUACAUCGAUUGUUGACACUUGAUGGUUGUGAUAUUCUACAUUUCCGAUUGAAACUGGUUUUAUUCAUUAUUAUUAUAAUUUAGUUUUAAUUUCGCAUUUGUAUUUAUAUAAUACUCAAUGAUUUUUUUUAGGAUUUGAUCUAUUUUAUUGAAAAUAAAUCAUUCUUAUUUAUCUUUUUUUUUAAAUACAGUCUUAUGUCAUUGUGUAAAUUAUCUUUAAGUAAUAUAAGUACAUUUAAGUGCCCAUAUUAUUAUUAUUAUUAUUAUUUGGGAAAAAUAUUAUUUUCAUAUCACUUUAUACAAGUCAUUUUUUCUGUCAGAAAGCAUUUUGACUUUUAAAUGAAAUGAGAUAUCGACUUGAAAUACGCUCUUAAUAUUAUAUUACCCAUAACGAUCACUUAAAUAAAAAACCUAAAAAUGGUACAAACAUUUUCAAGUGCGCGAGUCCAACUCGCACUUGACCAAUUUUAAAAAAAAAAUUUAGUCACGAUAUUCUAUGAAAUUUGGAUCUAAUAAAAAUACAACGUAUGUAUUGUAAUAUUUUAUUUUAUAAUUUAUUUAUUUUUUAUUAUAUUUUACCCAAUCCUAAAAGUAGAAAUCUAUAGUUUUCAAUAGAACCGAGAUUUUAAAAACUUAGGGUCAAUCUUUGCGUAUCGGUCAGUGGUAUAUAAAUUUUAGAUUCCCUUCUUUCAGAAAUCAGCACUUCUAGGGUCCAGAUUAACCGAGUGUUAACCGAACCAAAACAAAACAUAAAAAAAAAUUAAUAGCGAAGAUACUUGUUUAUACAGAUGUUUAUAUGGACUUGUAAAUCUGCCGGGAUGUAGAUCUUUAUCAAGGGAUUUAAAUAUACCACUUAUACAACACUUUAUUACAUCGGCGAUCAUACUUGGAGCGAAAACGUGGCUAUUACGAAAGGUAGGUGAAAGAAAACUGAUAGCUUGGGCGAGGAACGUUUUGAGGAGAAUUUACUUAUCAAUAAAGGAUGUCAUUAACAAUGAGUAGUGAAGAUUAGGAACAUGUAAUGAACUGGAAUCAAUCUUUCACAGACCCAACGUCUUUGAGACGACUAUAUUAUAGGCUGCAUAAUAGGCUCAGCAUAGUCAGAUCUCUUGUUGUGCCUAGUACUGGAAAACUGUAGGGUAACCGGUGAUUGAAAAGUGGCCAUUGAAGUGGUAAAAAAAGACAUUGGGCGGAGAUUCAGAUUGAAAAGAACGAGCGUCUGACAGAGAUGACUGGAGAAAUGGGAUGUAUGACGGGAUGAUGCCAGCGGCGAAGAGUGCUCGAAGAAGAAGAUUCUAUUUAUCUGAUUUAUAAUAUAUGUAUAUAUAUAUGCUUAAAUCUUAACAAGACUUCUGUAUACGUAUACAUAUAAAUGUUAUGCGAUUUUGUCGAAAUUCGAAAUGAAUGUUGUUGCGGCGUGUGUAACUAUCGUUGCAGUAUUCUGUACGAUAUAAUAUGUAUAUACAAACGGUAUUAUAUUUUAUGUUCGGUUUGUGUUAUUCUGACGUUUUAACUGUAUAAUAUGGUUCAACGACCAUUUUCCGCAGAGCUAUAUAAUAUGAUAUCGCGUUCAUUACGGCUGCAGCUGGCGACAGUGACUGUGCUCUUCCCGUACAGUAAUUCGUGUCCUUAUUUUACGCUCGUUUGUAUAUUGGAUUUCCGUUCAGUCCACUAACGCCAACCGCAGCGAAAACUGCGACGUUCGGAAGACGCGGCCGUCGAGAAAAUGGGUACCUCGGACACGGUCCAGAGUAAACGAAAACUAACUGUCAACAUCUCAUCAAUAUUGUGAUGAAAUUGAAUAUGUUACGUUACGCGCGCGUAUAUUAUAGGAUGCACGUGGGCACCACGCGGGAUGCUGCAAAAAGCCACGGCCGCGCUAAAUCGAAUUGUCGCCCCGCGAAAGAAAACGGGCGAACGUUAAAAAACAAUAAUAACUUAUUGAAAUAUCACGCGUUGCCGUGUGACGUGUUUUAUUACGGCGUGCGGAUGUGUUGGCGUUUUUUUUUCUCUUCCGUUUGUAAACGAGUUUUCGGCCGGAUAAUUUGCUCCGAACAAAAAACACUGUUUACCUGUUAUAUUGCUAUUAUUGUUAUAUGAGAUUUUUUCCUAUAGAAUUUCGGAUUCAAUUUGGUUUGGGUAAGUGGAGGUGAUUUGUUGCUGUUUUUUUUUUUUUUUUUUUUUUUUUUUUUUUUUUGGUCUAUUUACUAAGAAAAUGUAAAAAACAACGUACAAAGACUUGAACAUACACGCUACACAGAUUUUUUAAAAAAUGAAUUUUGGUUUUUUCUUGGUCUAUUUACUAAGAAAAUGUAAAAAACAACGUACAAAGACUUGAACAUUUCAUAUCAAUAAUGUUUGUGUAUUCGAAUUUUCUAGACGCGUGGUAUGGUUUUUAAAAAUAUUUUUGCUGUUUUUAAAUUGUGCAUUUGACAUUUUCGAUUAGUUUUUAUUCGGUUAAUGUGAAUAUUCGAAUGUCUUUGAUAUGACGUUCUACACAUUAUUAGCAAAGUUGUUCUUAGUGAUGAAAAAUUAAAAGCUGAAUGCAUUGGCGAAAUUUUUUACAUCUCAAAAAGCGUUUGAUAUAAUGUUAAUAUUUCGUUAAAAUAUAUACUUACAUAAAUCUUAAAAUUUUGCCAACUUUCCCAUAAGAAAUCUUGCUUUAAUCAUCAACACGCACGGGGGAUAGUUUCUGGUAGCAAAUUUUGUCUAGUCGAUGUAUUGAGUAGUUCAUUUUUUUAUUUUCCUUAAAACUGGGAUAUUAACGUUUUCUGUUAUUUUCGAUAUUGUUUAUGUGUUUUCAUUAAGCGAAACAUAAUCGCAGAGUUCUGAAAUCAUGACCGAAUACUUGUAUAAGUAUUUUAUAGACGUAGUAUAAUUUUAAAAAUAUUCUGGCGUUUUUCGGUUUUGUUUUUUUAUAGCUAUUUGAGUUUUUUAUGCGAAAAAAAUAUAUAAUUAUUACCAACGUGCUUUAAGUUCAAAUUCGUUAAAAACACGAACAAUUAUAAUUUAUUAUUUAUAGUAACUGAUUACAACAACUUAAAUUUAUCAAUAACACACGUUUGACCAAAUUUCGUUCCGAAUCGUUUUUCGUUCGCGAUAAAUUAUCAUUGCGUACAAAAUAAAUUACUCCCUCUAUUACCUUUUUGGUUUGUCAGUUAUAUUUUUUACGUACUCACUGUACACCAUCUCACUCGUAUAUGCGUAUACAAAUAUAGGGAAAGUUGUACAUGCACGUUUUUAUAAUAUUAUAAUAUUACGUUCAAUGACUAUACAGGGUUGUCCCACAGAUAUUUGACUUAUUGAUAUAUUUUGACAACUUUGGUUCUGUUCAAUAUUUUUAUGUUUUUUUAUGAAUAAUUAAUUAUUUGAGUUUAACGCUGUGAUGUUUAUAUAUUUUUUAAAAAACAUUAAACACUUUUGUGUACACAAACAUAAUGUCACCGUGGAUUUCGUAAAUAAAAAAAAAAAAAAUUCCAUUUUUAGUGGUUUUUUUUUCGUGGAAAAAUACAUAAAAAUAACGGCGCGCGAGGCCCGGUAUAAAUAGUAAUAGUAUUGUGUGCGAAGCGAAAAACGUCUAAAACCGCCAUCGAACACCGAACAAAAGUUAUCGCGUUUGCGUCCGAUCGCCGCCGCGAGACACCCUGUAUGCGUAGUAAUGACUACGUACAUUGUAAUGUAGGUACGCGCGUACGUAGCACACGCGAUUCAGUGUGUUAUAAUAAUACGCGCGUUCCCCUUCCUACGGUCGGACCUUGACCUUCCUCAAUCGGCGGCGUGCGAUAUAUAUACAUAUAUACACACACACACGUGUGUGUGUGCGUGUGUGCGCGUGUAAUACGAAUCGCAUACGUCGUUUAUAUUAUUAUUAUCAAGUAGGGGUACCGUACUCGUACACGCGAGUGUGUUAUUAUUAUUAUUAUAAUAUAUAUUAUUGAUCGUACGCGACGACGACGCGUUAUUAUUUAAUCGGCGUACCGAGCCACCGGGGCGUUGAUAAAAAUAAUAAUAAUAAUAAUAUCAUUUCUCUUAUCAUGUCGUUUGUUAUUUUUUCUAUUUGUUCUUCAAAGAAAACGCACGCGCGACCUACAUUAUACACCGCGGUGCGACACGACGAUAAUAACGCGCGCGACGUAUCUAGAGGUAUGCGCGCGCGCGUGUGUGUGUGUGUGUGGGUGUGUGGGUGAUAUGCAAUUUUGGCCUUGCGUCCGUUUUGCGACUUUUACUACAACGAUCGGGUCAACGGCGGCGCGCACCGCGAAUAAUGAUAACAAUCAUAAUAAUUAUAAUAAAAACAUUUUAAAAAAAACGACGCGCGCGCGGUCGACCGGGCAGCGCGUUUCCGUACAGACCCGGCGACUCGGUUCCGCCGCGCGCCGUCCGAAAACCCGGAGAUCCGCUGGCUUCCCGUGACGAAUCGGCUGUCGAGCGGACGAUGUUUUCGCGAUUCGCGGAGCCCGACCGGGUACCGUACCUGUCCACGCGCCGCACAGUCCGCCGGCCCGCGAAUCCGAAACGCCCGUGCGGAAGUCCGCGUUUGCAGACGCCCAGCGUUAUUGUUGGGCGUGCAGCGAAACGAAAUUGUCGCGGUAAAGUUUUGCCGGGACGCGUUUUAUUUUUGUCCGCGCCUUUUCGGUAGUGGUUUUUUCCGCCGUGUUUUCAGGCGCGUGAAGUUGUGCGGGAUUUUGUGCCCGGGCGCGCCAUUCACUCCUCGAAAACAACGUCUAUGGUAGACUACCGCCGACAGCUUUUCCGGAGAGAAAAAAAAAACAACGGACAACGCGCAAACGGCGUUCAUUUAUCGACUUGUGCCUGGCGGGUGGUGGUGCGAGGAACAACAACACACACACGACUAACAUCGUACCGUGUUACCUUUUCUGCAGUUUACCGAGCUCCGCUCGAAAUCGCGGUUUUUUCACAUUGUACCGGUUUAUCGUGUGUAAACAUUGAAUGUGCCCUACAUCAGCCGCACGUACACAGCAGUGGCGUGCCCCGGUGCACGCCGUGUGUAAAGUGCGUCCGGCAUUUAUCGCGUAGUAAGUUAACGGAAUCUCAGCACUGGUUUCGGCGGCGACCAAUCGGCGAGCCUAUACGGAAAUACGCGACCCGGCGGGCCGCCGGUGCCGCUGUUGGCGCGUGCCUCAGCCCUGGCGGCCGGUCGCGUCAUAAAUCGUCAGCAACGCGCGUUUGGCACUCGUCCACCCGGACCGUGAAUUAUGAUCCUUAUUUUCAAUGUGAUUUUUUUUUUUUUCGGCUACUUACAUGUUGUUUUUUUUCUUCUUAAAAUAUUGGUAUUCGAUUUUCGUUUUUUCAUGCAAGUGCACCGAACACGUUAACCGCGAGGGGUCGCGCGAAUCUUAAAUACGUGUCUACAAAACGCGUGCACGUUAUUAAUAAUCAAAUAUUAUGUUUACAUUUCGAACUGUGCAGUCGUUUUAAACACUCGUACGCACAUUAUAACAGUUUCUGAAUUUAUCAACUAGGCAAAAAUUAUCGGACGAUCGCGGAUUCAGAGCGUAUCUGAGAAUGUAUGUUUGAUUAUAAGCAGUGAUUUUUUCUUUUCCUCUUGAGACCGCCGGAAUAUAGAUACAAUUAUAAUGUACUCGAUGUAUAUCAUAUAAUAUAUAAUAUUCAGUACAAUAAUAAUAUAUGCACUAAUUUGAACUUUAAGCCAUUAGUGUAGGCAUCUAAAAAUUAUAGGCAAGUACCUGUAUGCGUAUGUGUACCUAUAUAAUUAUACCUAUUAUACAUUAUGCAUAAAUGGUUUGUAAUAAUUUUUUUGUACCGGCGACGUAACUGCAAUAUAAUAUACGUGGGUAAUUAUUAAGCAUGCUUUAUAGGCGGUUACAUGGGUUUUUUUCCCCCAAAAACAGCAAACAUCUCAUUAUUAAAAUUACGUUACAUUAUAUGCUUAUAUAUAGUUUUUAAUUUGUCGGCCGGUAAAUUUAAUAGCGUGUACGGCAAAUCGCUUUGGGUCGUGUGUAUUUACAUUUAUAUAAUGGCAUUUUACACACGUUAAAGGGAAAAACAAAUAUUGGCCCUACGGGGGUUCGUGCGGCUUAUAUAUAUAUUAUUUACAAUCACUUUUUAUUUACAAAACUGACCUUUACAAGACACUAUUUCGGUUGUUUUUAAUGUUAAAAUAAUAUAUCGAGAAACGUACACGAACAAUACGUAACGUAACAUAACUUGUGUAUCGUUAUAUUUUAACAAUAAAUUCAGUAGGCACUCAUAAUAAAAGUUGUUUAUAAUAAUAUUAUAUUGUUGUAAAUCUUAUUUUAGAUUCGCUGUAGCGAGGAAGCUAUUCGAAUUUUUACUAUUCGUGUGUUUCUAUUUCUCGGAAAACAAAUUUUCGGUCUGUAAAAAUGCUCCAAAUUAUAUUUACACCGUACCGUAAAGAAAUGUGAAGGCGAUUCUAAAAAAAAAAAACCACGAUAUACAUCAUAUUUAGGUAUGCCUUUAGUGCAUUAAAGACAUUAUUCGAAGAAAGCCUAUAAUUUUAUAUGUAGGUAUACUUAUUAUACAAUUGAAUUUAAAAUUGCUGUGUUCUUUACACGUGUCAAGUGUAUAUAUUUUCAAUACUUUGAAAAUGUAUUUUACCAGACGUAUACACAAGAAAAUAUACAAAUAGAAACAAUAUAUUAUUUAAAACAAUAUAAUUAAUAAGUUAACAUAAUAACGCGAUAAAAGAUUAAGUGUUUUAACUCUAAGACGGCUGCAGUGAGUCAAUAAACACUUAAUCAAUUAUAACACAAUGACUAAUUAUUGUAAUACCUAUAAUCAAUAAUGUUUAAUAUGAAAAUGUAAUACUUUCACGCUGCAGUAUUGCAUUUAUUAUGAAUAUAGAUAAAAUCGUCAGUAAAGAGAUAAUAGGAUGAAAAUUUAGAUCGAUUCCCUGAAAAUUAAUAACGUGUAAUUUAAAUUUUGAACUAUAGAAAAUUUAAUCGAUUUAAAUUAUUUGUAUUGCUGAUUUUGCUAUUGCAUACAAAAUAUGAUUACACAAUUCAUUUUGUACAUUUUUUUAUUAUCGUUUUAGAUUCUGAGGAAAUCAAUCAAUGUGUUAGUUUUUAUUACUACGAAAUAUGA